AUAGCCAGUACAGUUUUCAUGUCACUGGCGCUCGCCGGGUUCGGCAGCUACGCGUAUUACGUGUCGCAAACGCAAAAUCUGGGCUACGUGGACUCGGCGGUGGUGGGCCAGCACGACUGGAUACCGCUACUCUGCGUCCUCGUGUUCACGACCGCCCUCGCCCUGGGCAUAUCGCCAAUUUCUUGGCUAUUGAUUGGCGAACUAUUUCCGCUGGAGUACCGCGGCCUCGGGUCCAGCAUUAGCACGAGCUUCAGUUACUUUUGCGCGUUUUUCGGGAUCAAGCUCUUUAUGGACUUCCAGCAGAGUCUCGGUCUACAUGGAGCCUUUUGGUUUUACGCCGCCGUGGCGGUCUGCGGGCUAUGCUUCGUAGUCUGCUGCGUGCCCGAGACGAAGGGCAAGCAGCUGGACGAGAUGAAUCCGGAUUAUGCGCAAGCACGGUAGUAUAAGGCCUCGCUGACGGGGGGUCUCUCGAACUUAGAGAAGGCGAACAAGCCUUUACCGGGAGGCGCUUAUCCGAACGAGCACGAUCCGCGGGAUCUCUACCGCAGCGAUCCGUCAAUCGCGACUUCCAGCAUCGCGAUGCCGUCUGCGCGCGUCGCUCACCGCAAAUUGUCGGAUUACUGCGGCAUCUUCGCCGAGAAGACCAAUAGGAUCGGCAGGAACGUGGAGAACUUUAUGCAGUCCCGCGGUUUGCUACCGAUUCGUCGCUCGGUCGACGAAACGUUACGUCGUGACGCGCUCGGAAUUAACGGAGACGUGAUCAGAAACGACCCUCCGCCGCGAACCGAUCGGGAAACGAGCGAGAACCGUCGUCGCCAACAGGAGAAUCGUGAUUACGAGCGGCCGCGGAGAAACGGCGGGCAGAAGAAACGCGUGGCGUAUUCCAAUAGCACUUAUAUCCGGGACCCAACGCGAGCCGACGCGAGUUACGUUCGUCGUUUUAACGAGAUAGAGCCCCGUCGCGCGAGAAGGCGCGAGUACGCGGAAACGGAUUACGACACGGCGGACACCUGGAGACGAGAGCUGGACCUCGCGAGAGGGGGUCCGUGUGUCUCCAAGCCGAUUCUGAGAAACGGCAUCAAUCACGGCGGGGACGAGAGGUCGUAUUAUUCGACCCUGCCGCGGCGCAGCAGGACCAUCAACUUCAAGGAUCAAGCACGCGACUCCCCGGAGGGAGGAGGACGGCGCGCGUAUCCGAAGAGCCUGCAGGAUCUAACGGAUUUGAAACUCGACGACGUCACGUAUCUUCCAUCCGGCCGCGGUGGGGAUGGCACUCGGGAGGAGAGACUCCUCGACGACAAUUAUCGUCGACGUAACAGGUAUCGUCGAGAGGAGGACGAGCCGCCCUUCGACGACGAUUAUCUCAAGCUUUGUAGAAGCCUGUCGAGAUUAGAUACGUAUCCGCGAGGCGGUAGAUACGGACCGGGCGAGGUGCACUACGAGAGGGAAUGCAGAACUUUCGGCAAGGACACGGUCGCCUUCAUUUACUACAAGACGUGCUAUUUAUGAUCUAAAGAGAAAUGCGAUACAAACGAGCGGUCGGGAGUUCUCUCAUCGAUAGACCGUCCAUCGAUAAGCGUGGCUCACGAUCUCAACCAGAUAUGCGCGAACGGCCGAUUGGCCGUCUCGAAUCUUUCGUUCCGGACGCAUUUAACGAGCGGAAGCAUUUUCUACUCUAUAAAUUGGCUUAGAUUUCUGUGUUAAGUCGAUCAUAAGACUUAUCAGCAGUAGAGAUCGAUAUACAGAAAUUCCCUUCCUCGUCAGAUUCAUAUCGUUUUAAUAAUAACAUAUCUUUAUUAAGAUGUAAAAAAAAAGGAUUACUCGCGUGAGGAAAAAAGAAAGACACGAAGAAAAUAAUUGAGUAACCGCGAGUCACAAAUUGCCUUCAUGUCUGGCUUUAAUAAUUAAAUCGUUUCUCGACUGAUAACGAAGUUAUAUCAUCGAGCUUUAAAUAGUUGCUCUUACGUAACUUCUCUAAAAAAAAAGCGUGAUAACGCUUUUUCUUUUAAAAGUCAUCUUACAGAGUUAGAUUAAUUUUUUUAUUUGUUAUACACGACAUAAAUUGUUAUGCUCAUUCCGCACUGUCUAAUUACUUAGUGUCAUAUCUCUUUGAGAUAUUUUUAAAGAUGCAAAUAAUUGUAAAAAAUGAUCAAAAACGAUACCAAAUAAUACCUACACAUAUAUACUAGCAUCAGAUUAGAUCUAAAAUCGUAACGUGUGAGCUACCACAUGCUUGUCGUACUAUCUAUUUUAUAUUAGUUUUCGGAGAUAUUAGUUUCUUUUUCAUCAGGUUGAAUUAGAUUCUAUGAUAAUAAAUUUUUGAUAAUAUUCAAGACUUAUUCGCGUCAAGAGGCAACACACUCUCGUAUAUCGUACUUUCCAAGCAAGAAAGCGACAAUACAUUACGUAAAUAAAAAUAUUUAUAAUUAUGUAUGCCACGAGUAAAACGACAUUAACGGAGUUCUUAGAAUAGACUCGAUAGACUGCUCGUAGACUGCCAAGCUAGUCUUUCUGUAAAGUAAUCGAUAUGCAAUGAGUUUGCAAUAAUUUCUGCUACUAUAUAUUUUCAGCAGGUUUACCUAAUGGUGUUCGAGCACCAUUUCUUUCGAGAAUAUCGCGAUGAGCCUCGAGAGAGAAAGAGUAAAAGAAAAUUACCAACGCUGAAAACGAUGUUUUUACAGCCAAACAGUGAGCUGCUGGGGCAUUCGCGUUACUAGAAGGGUUAUACGACAAUAUAUAGUGUAUACAUUUUGCAAAAUGCUAAAUUUUGCUAAACUCAGAAUAUCUCAGGCCUCGUUGCGUAGCACAGGCGCCGAUGACUUAACUACGACAAUAUCGAUUUGUAGAUAUAUCUACAUAUGUUUCAUAUAAGAUGCGUAUUGUGUACAUUGGUUAUUGUAUAUUAUAUAUACAUAUAUGUCUCUAUCGUAUUCGUGGAACUUACGCAAUUAGCGACAAUACGAUGCGAUAUAGCCGACAAACAAAUUCUCGACAAUACCACAAAUUGCUAAUUUCGCGAAGCCGGUAGAGCGAAAUUCGGUACUAUUAGCUUUAUUAAGAAAUCAUGCAUAUGUACUAAGUGUAAAGUUGGAAGCAGCUAUGCUAAAUAUCCGCGGAUGCGAGGGCAAAUCCCUCAUCUGCGCAACUAAUGCUCGUUAUUCCUUCAAGUCUUCUGCUUUCGACGAUUUCCUGCAUAUCUCAAAAGUGUAGCCAUUCGAAUGGCGAAAUCGCGAUUAGACGAAAGUCAUAAUGAUGUAUGUAUUUUAUAUUUUUAUAUAGUUUGUAGAAUAACGUCGAGAGAGAGAGAGAGAAAGAGAGAGGAAGAGAGAAAGAGAGAAAGAGAAAAAAGAGAGAGAUUUACGACGAAAUAUUUGUUAGAAGUCG